UCUUUCGCUCUCCUCCCCUUCUUCCCUUUACCCUUCCUUCGCUUUGGGGCGGGCUGGGGGAGGGGAGCUCCGUCCUGGAACUCCGGGUGCUCCGCCUGGGCGGCCGUUCCAGCAGCUGCGCCCGAGCCCCGCCGGCCUGGGUGCUGGGCUGCAGCGCGAGCGGCUCCGUGGUGCCUAAGGCAGGGAUGUGCCAGGCGCUGAUCUAGGAGCUCAAUUCUUUUUUUUUUUUUUUUUUUUUUCUUUUUUGGAAAGGGGACAAAUACAAUCCUCCCGCCCCUGCCCUCCAAACAAUUUAAUCGGAGGAUGCGUCGCGCACCCGCGCAUUUGCAUCGGUGGUGCGUUUUCCAGUGAGAAUGUCAGCCUUUGCCGGGCUCGUUCAACUUUAUUUUCUCAAAUUUUCGGUCUCCUUUGAUGGCAAGGAGAGGGGAGAGGGAGUGGAGAGAGAGUAAGCUCUUCGACCCGUGCUAACCAGAAGUGAAUUAAAGUUGUAAACGCUCGAGUUUAAUCUUGGCUGGACACAAUUUGCAGUGGGCUCUCAGAUGGGGAAGGAGGUGGAUGGGGGCGGGGAAGUGCCGGGAGGGAGGGGGAGGGGACCCAGCCCAGCUGAAUGGAUGUGCACAUUUGAUCCGAUGGAGAACCGAAAUUUCAAGGAGGUAAAAUGCACACUUGCUGCCCCCCAGUAACUUUGGAACAGGACCUUCACAGAAAAAUGCAUAGCUGGAUGCUGCAGACUCUAGCCUUUGCUGUAACAUCUCUCGUCCUUUCGUGUGCAGAAACCAUCGAUUAUUAUGGGGAAAUCUGUGACAAUGCAUGUCCUUGUGAGGAAAAGGACGGCAUUUUAACUGUGAGCUGUGAAAACCGGGGAAUUAUUAGUCUCUCUGAAAUCAGCCCUCCCCGUUUCCCAAUCUAUCACCUCUUAUUGUCUGGAAACCUUCUGAACCGUCUCUAUCCUAAUGAAUUUGUCAAUUACACUGGGGCUUCAAUUCUGCAUCUGGGUAGCAAUGUUAUCCAAGACAUUGAGACUGGGGCUUUCCAUGGGCUUCGGGGUCUGAGGAGAUUGCACCUGAAUAACAAUAAACUGGAACUUCUGAGAGAUGAUACUUUCCUUGGUUUGGAAAACCUGGAAUACCUACAGGUUGAUUACAAUUACAUCAGCGUCAUUGAACCCAAUGUUUUUGGAAGACUGCAUUUGUUGCAGGUGCUUAUCCUCAAUGACAAUCUCUUGUCAAGUUUACCCAACAAUCUUUUCCGUUUUGUGCCCUUAACGCACUUGGACCUGCGGGGGAACCGGCUGAAACUUCUGCCCUAUGUGGGGCUGUUACAGCACAUGGAUAAAGUUGUGGAGUUACAGCUAGAGGAAAACCCCUGGAAUUGCUCCUGUGAGCUGAUCUCUCUCAAGGAUUGGUUGGACAGCAUCUCCUACUCGGCCCUAGUAGGGGAUGUGGUUUGUGAGACCCCUUUCCGCUUACAUGGCAGGGACUUGGAUGAGAUAUCUAAGCAGGAACUUUGCCCAAGGAAACUUAUUUCAGACUACGAGAUGAGGCCACAGACACCUUUGAGCACCACGGGGUAUUUACACACCACCCCAGCCUCAGUGAAUUCAGUGGCCACUUCUUCCUCUGCUGUUUACAAACCCCCUUUGAAACCUCCUAAGGGAACCCGCCAACCCAACAAGCCCAGAGUGCGCCCCACCUCUAGGCAGCCCUCUAAGGACUUGGGCUACAGUAACUAUGGCCCCAGCAUCGCCUACCAGACCAAAUCCCCGGUGCCUUUGGAGUGUCCCACCGCGUGCACUUGCAACCUGCAGAUCUCUGAUCUGGGCCUCAACGUAAACUGCCAGGAGCGCAAGAUUGAGAGCAUUGCUGAGCUGCAGCCCAAGCCCUACAAUCCCAAGAAAAUGUAUCUGACUGAGAACUAUAUCGCUGUUGUGCGCAGGACAGACUUCCUGGAGGCCACUGGGCUGGACCUCCUGCACCUGGGUAACAACCGCAUCUCUAUGAUCCAGGACCGCGCCUUUGGGGAUCUCAGCAACUUGAGACGCCUCUACCUGAAUGGCAACAGGAUUGAGAGGCUGAGCUCAGAGUUAUUCUACGGCCUGCAGAGCCUGCAGUAUCUCUUCCUGCAGUACAAUCUCAUAAGGGAAAUCCAGCCUGGGACUUUCGAUCCAGUCCCAAACCUCCAGCUGUUAUUCCUGAAUAACAACCUUCUGCAGGCGAUGCCUUCCGGCGUCUUCUCUGGCCUGACGCUCCUCAGGCUGAACCUGCGGAGUAACCACUUCACCUCCUUGCCAGUGAGUGGAGUUCUGGACCAGCUGACCUCGCUCAUCCAGAUCGACUUACACGACAACCCUUGGGAUUGUACCUGCGAGGUGGUAGGCAUGAAGCUGUGGGUGGAGCAGCUCAAGGUGGGCGUCCUUGUAGACGAGGUGAUCUGUAAGGCACCCAAGAAAUUCGCGGAGACUGACAUGCGCUCCAUUAAAUCAGAGUCCCUGUGUCCAGACUAUUCGGAUAUCGUGGUUUCCACGCCCACGCCCUCCUCUAUCCAAGUCCCCGCCAGGACCAGCCCGGUGACCCCUGCGGUCAGGCUGAACAGCACCGGGGCCCCCGCGGGCUUGGGCGCAGCUGGAGGGGCAUCCUCCGUGCCGCUGUCCGUGCUAAUCCUCAGCCUGCUGCUGGUCUUCAUCAUGUCGGUCUUCGUGGCCGCUGGGCUCUUUGUGCUGGUGAUGAAGCGCAGGAAGAAGAACCAGAGCGACCACACCAGCACCAACAACUCCGACGUGAGCUCGUUCAACAUGCAGUACAGCGUGUACGGCGGCGGCGGGGGCGCGGGCGGCCACCCCCACGCGCACGGGCGCCACCGCGGGCCCGCGCUGCCCAAGGUGAAGACGCCCGCGGGGCACGUGUACGAGUACAUCCCGCACCCGCUGGGCCACAUGUGCAAAAACCCCAUCUACCGCUCCCGGGAAGGCAACUCCGUGGAGGAUUACAAAGACCUGCACGAGCUCAAGGUCACCUACAGCGGCAACCACCACCUGCAGCAGCCGCCGCCGCCACCACCACAGCCCCUGCAGCAGCCCCCGCCGCAGCUGCAGCUGCAGCCGGGGGAGGAGGAGAGGCGGGAAGGCCACCACUUGCGGAGCCCCGCCUACAGCGUCAGCACCAUCGAGCCCCGGGAGGACCUGCUGUCUCCGGUGCAGGACGCCGACCGCUUUUAUAGGGGCAUUUUAGAACCAGACAAACACUGCUCCACCACCCCCGCCGGCAGCAGCCUCCCAGAAUAUCCCAAAUUCCCGUGCAGCCCCGCUGCUUACACUUUCUCCCCCAACUAUGACCUGAGACGCCCCCAUCAGUAUUUGCACCCGGGGGCUGGGGACAGCAGGCUGCGGGAACCGGUGCUCUACAGCCCCCCGAGUGCUGUCUUUGUAGAACCCAACCGGAACGAGUAUCUGGAGUUAAAAGCAAAACUAAACGUUGAGCCGGACUACCUCGAAGUGCUGGAAAAACAGACCACAUUUAGCCAGUUCUAAAAGCAAAGAAACUCCCUGGGAGCUCUUGCGUUAAAAACAAACAAGUGAGCGGACACACACGGUGAACACCUUUGAUUAAUUGUGUCGUUUCAACGUUUAGGGUGAAGUGCCUUGGCACGGGGAUUCUCAGCUUCGGCGGAAGAUACUGAAAGAGUGUGCACUUUCCUUUUAAUUUUACACGGGGGAAACAUUUGUGUAAACUGGGCACAUCAUUUUCUCUCCUUGUGUGUGGGGGAGGAGCGGAGGCUUUCCCGAGGGCGAUUUGCUGCAAGGGUGACCUGUGAAGGGUCGCAGUCGUUUUUGUACUGGUUGAAAGUGCUAAGAGUGAAGGCAGAAGUCAGCGCAUAGAUUCUACCCUUCCUCUGCCCCCCCCCCAACCUCCCUUUCUCCCGCUUCAAGCCAUGGGUGGGUCUAAAUGGCUUUGGUGGAGAGAUUAGCACAUCCCAAUUGAAACAGGAAGUUUGAUCUCUCUCCCUCCUCCCCUCCUUUCCCACCUUCCUUUUAAUUCCUUUCCUUUGUUUUUAAAGGAUGUGUUUGUAUGCAUUCUGGACGUUUGGAUUAAAAAAAAAAAUCGUUGUGAUCCAGAAAAGGAUCACUAGAGAUGUGGACAAAUCAUUAAAAAUCACAGAGCUAUAUGAUCCAUAAUUGAUUAGUCAAAAUAACUUAUUGAUGAAAUAUACAAAUAUUUUAUUGUAGCACCUAUUUUUAUAUGCACAUUUAGCAUUUCCUCUUUCCUUCACUAUUUAGCCUAUGAUUUUCGCAGAGGUGUCACGUUGUAUUAGGAGCUGCGUUUCCAGAACUGAAGUGAUGGUCAGGAAGGUGUUUUCGAUCAUUAAAAAUAUGGAGCACUUAAUGGCAAAACCUUUAAAAGCCAAUGCCACCCACCCAAUUGAACCUGUAUUUUUUUAUACUGAUUGUAUCCCACUGUAUAAAAGAAAAAAGGUUAGGAUGACUAAUUGGGCCAUUCAAGAGAAUUGUGUGCAAGUUUUUGGUUUUACUAGAGAAGAUUUCAAAGUAUUUUUAUUAGUGAACCAAACUGUGUAUUAAUUUGACUACUAUUGUAGCCAAUUUUCAAUUGUUUAACCAAACCCACUUGCAUUUGUACAGAUGCACAUGUACUGGCACCUCAGAAGACCAAAAGAUGGACCAUUCAAGUCUCUAGACAAUGUCUUUAUGCCUCUGGGCAACAAGCAAUGACGCUAAUGACAAACAGGAUCUCUGUAUGAUGGGGCUACUGUUGUUACAGUCUCAUAUGUAUCCCAGCACAUGUAAUUUUUUAAAUAGUUUCUGAAUAAACACUUGAUAACUAUGUCAAAUAUGAGGGAUUGAAGUAAUGAUUGCUCGAGGUGCACAAGACUUAGCUAUGUGGGACUGGUGGAACCUCCAUAAUUGACAAUUUAAGAUAUACUAGAGAAACUUUAUUCCUAAUAGAAGUUUUUUUCUGCUAAUUAUAACAAUUUCAAAAUAUACAUUUAUAUAUAUAUAAAAUUUAUGCUUUUCUUGGUUCAGGGAAGUAUUUCUUUUUGCUGCCACUUACUAUGUUUAUUAACUGUAUUUCAAGGGAGUACAUUGUUUCCUUACUGAAGUAUUCAUCUAAUACAAAGAGCAUGGUAAGUAGUCUAUUCCAUAUUCAUUUUCUCUUAAUAGUAUGUAUUUUGUCAUGUUAGUAUUAUUCAGUUUUUUUCAAUAAUUUCCAUAUUUUAAACUACAUAAACCUAACAUCAACAUUAUGGUGGAUACACUAGCUGAUCUGUGUCUUAAAUAUUCAAAAUGUUGGUGGGGAUAACCCGUUCACCUCUAAGCAAGGCUGGCCAGUGAAUUUAGGUUAGUAGUUAAGGGUAGGACAUAUUUAAAUUAAUCUAAAAUGUAAUGAGCCGUAUGCUUCAUUUCUUUUGGUGGAUAUCUCCAUAUGUCGUCUCACCUGGAAUAUAAACAAUAUCAAGGGCUGUUCAUGCACUUCGUGUUUAAGAAACAAUUGUCAUGGCAUUCUGCCACAAAGAGGCAGCAUUCACCCAUGAGUAAAUUGACAGUAGCUACUUGAUUUCGGAUUGAAUUGGUAGUAGCAGUUCCCCUGAAGAAUUAAAAAAAUGUAAUGGUAUGUCAAACAAAUUCAGUAAACUAUCCAUAUUCAUUACAAUAUUUUUUCCUACCAUUUAUUUUCAAAGGGGGAAAGGAGUAAGCCUAAUAAAUCCCAUGAUGUUGCCAUGAGAUUGCAGAUGUAUCUCUUACUCUUCAUCUACCUCCUCUCUGUUACAUCCAGUAUUAAAAAGAAAAAAAUAAAUACUAGAAUUGGACCUUGAAUUUAGGGUUGUUAUUAAUUUUUCUUUACAGUAGUAGUUAUGAUUUUCUUUCUAAAAUGUCUAUCACUUCCUUAAUAUUAUAUAAAGAUGUAACAAUAUUUUAUAAACUCAAAACAAUUAAUGCAGUGUUGAAUCCUCCCUGUAACUAAGCUUUAUUUCUUAAUGCAUAAGAAAAGGAAGAAUUGCACAAAAUUAAAGACAUAUUUCUAGACAGUAUAAGUAAUAUCCAUAGGAAAUUUCUCAGUGUGUCUUUCAAAGAUUUACAAACUGUGCCAUAUUUUCAAAUCAGUACUAUUUCAUGUAAUCCUCUCAUGUGGUAUCUAUAGAUGUUGUGUUUCUACCUUCAGUGUACCUUUGUCCAACUUUUUUGAAGAUGAGAAAUAACAUUUGUAUAAUUUAUUAACAAAGAUUACUUUUAAUUUUUAAAUUUCCCAACUAUACUAAGAAGGUAAAUGUAAACUCAUCCUAGCUUUAAUAAACUUGAGAAACUUUUGUCA